CUUUUGAAUCCGUGACUUGACGGUCGUGACUGCGUGACUGCCAUGGGAACUCUGUUCAGCAAACUCGAUCAUCAUGACAAUUGACAGGUAGUGUACUCGUACUCGUAGAUCGAUUACCGUAGCAGCAACUGAUCAUGCCAAAGGAACAGGUCCAUUUGCAUUGGGCAAGUACCAACAAACAGCAGCCAUGUUUUUGCAAUCCUGAAAUUUACUUGAAUGUGACGAAGCUGAAGGCUACCCCCGAGACGAUUGCCGCUAUCUUUGGUGUCAAAGAACCCGAGACAAUUGAACUCAAGGAGCGAGAAAAUGGCAAGAUAAUCGCGUUGGAAGAGGGCGAGCAACCUGUGUGGCAACUGGAACCUGACUGUCAUUAUGACGUCCACGUUGCAGGCUGCAAAGAUUCUUUGGCACCUGCUGUACCCAUCAAUCAGAUUUUUUCACUCUUCCCUGGCGAUACGGACGACGAAAAAAGCGACAAUAUUCAAAAGCUAUCUGAAAACUUUUAUGGCAAGAUAUGGAACGAUAAAGAGACGCCCAAGGAGUUUCAAGAUAGAUUCAUCAGCCUUACAAGUAGCGCUUCGAUACAGGCGUUUCGACAAUACGACUGGUUUCACGAGGUUUUUGGCGGUCCCUCCAUGAUGGGAUCAUCCAAUCCCAGAAAAAGUAUCUUACUCCCCAAGGUCAUGGCAAAGCAUACCAGCAGUCGCAUGACCAGGGAAUAUGCAAUUACGUGGCUGGAAAUCAUGGAUAAAUCAGUCAACGAGGAAUUUCCAAAUGAGGAAACACUACAAGCUGCUCUGAAGCUGUAUUGGAUUCACUUCUUUGGAUGGUUCCCAUACUCUGAUGAAGACCGAAGGGAGUUUCGACGGAUAGUUUGGAAAUAGUUACAUGUACGGUAUAGUGGGGGGUUGACAAAAAAAACUGAACGUCUAAUAACGGAUUCAGACGAGAUGUAUAGUGGGGGGUUACAGAAGCAACGUUCUCAGCGUAGUCUGGUACCGGUACCCUGCGGUGUCAAGUAGAAACGAUGUUGGACAGCUGGCAAUCGCCUCAUAGUGGAUCCAACCUUUGAAAGCACAUUUCCGAGCCUGCCUUCGAAUCGAAUUGUGGAACUAAAAUUCAAAUAAGAAUUGAGCUCAUCAAAGGCAACAACACCAUUCCACCUUCAGCAUCCUUUCCCGGCCAUUCGGGCUGAGCCCAUUUCAGAACUUCCAGAUUCCCUCCUUCAAUAGCUUCUUCAAUCCAUGAAAAGCCUUCAGCCUUUCGUGGAGGCACCACCUGGAAUGAUAUAAUAAUAAUGCAGCUUAUUGAGUCA